AGGCGCGGGGCCGAGAGCGGGCUGAAGCUGCUGAAGCGGCGGCAGCGGCGGCUCCAGCAGAGGGGCGGGAGCUGAGGCGGGCGCGGACGGGCUGGUGGGCGAGCAAGAGGCCGGCGGAAUGGUGGACUACCACGCGGCGAACCAGUCGUACCAGUACGGCCCCAGCAGCGCGGGCAAUGGCGCUGGCGGCGGGGGUAGCAUGGGCGACUACAUGGCCCAGGAGGACGACUGGGACCGGGACCUGCUGUUGGACCCGGCCUGGGAGAAGCAGCAGCGCAAGACCUUCACAGCCUGGUGCAAUUCCCACCUGCGGAAGGCCGGCACACAGAUCGAGAACAUUGACGAGGACUUCCGAGAUGGCCUCAAGCUCAUGCUCCUGCUCGAGGUUAUUUCAGGGGAGCGGCUCCCGAAGCCGGAGCGGGGCAAGAUGAGAGUUCACAAGAUCAACAACGUGAACAAAGCGCUGGACUUCAUCGCCAGCAAAGGCGUCAAGCUGGUCUCCAUCGGGGCAGAAGAGAUCGUAGAUGGCAACGCGAAGAUGACGCUGGGCAUGAUCUGGACCAUCAUCUUGCGGUUUGCUAUCCAGGACAUCUCUGUGGAAGAGACCUCUGCCAAGGAGGGGCUCCUGCUGUGGUGCCAGAGGAAGACAGCUCCAUACAAGAAUGUCAACGUGCAGAACUUCCACAUCAGCUGGAAGGACGGCCUUGCCUUCAAUGCCCUGAUCCACCGGCACAGGCCCGAGCUAAUCGAGUAUGACAAGCUGAGAAAGGAUGACCCGGUCACCAACCUGAACAAUGCCUUUGAGGUGGCCGAGAAGUACCUCGACAUCCCCAAGAUGUUGGACGCAGAAGACAUCGUGAACACAGCCCGGCCCGACGAGAAGGCCAUAAUGACCUAUGUGUCCAGCUUCUACCAUGCCUUUUCGGGAGCGCAGAAGGCCGAGACUGCCGCCAACCGGAUCUGUAAGGUGCUGGCCGUGAACCAAGAGAAUGAGCAUCUGAUGGAGGAUUAUGAGCGACUAGCCAGCGACCUGCUGGAGUGGAUCCGGCGCACCAUCCCCUGGCUGGAGGACCGCGUGCCGCAGAAGACCAUCCAGGAGAUGCAGCAGAAGUUGGAGGACUUCCGCGACUACCGGCGUGUGCACAAGCCACCCAAGGUGCAGGAGAAGUGCCAGCUGGAGAUCAACUUCAACACGCUGCAGACCAAGCUGCGCCUCAGCAACCGGCCCGCCUUCAUGCCCUCUGAGGGCAGGAUGGUCUCGGACAUCAACAAUGGCUGGCAGCACCUAGAGCAGGCCGAGAAGGGCUAUGAGGAAUGGCUGCUGAACGAGAUCCGCAGGCUGGAGCGGCUGGACCACCUGGCUGAGAAGUUCCGGCAGAAGGCCUCCAUCCACGAGGCCUGGACUGACGGGAAGGAGGCCAUGUUGAGGCAGCGGGACUACGAGACGGCCACCUUGGCAGACAUCCGGGCCCUCAUCCGCAAGCACGAGGCCUUCGAGAGUGAUCUGGCCGCACACCAGGACCGCGUGGAGCAGAUCGCGGCCAUUGCCCAGGAGCUCAACGAGCUGGAUUACUACGACUCCCCCAACGUCAACACCCGUUGUCAGAAGAUCUGCGACCAGUGGGACGCCCUUGGUUCUCUGACCCACAGCCGCAGGGAAGCCCUGGAGAAAACAGAAAAGCAGCUGGAGACCAUCGACCAGCUGCACCUGGAGUAUGCCAAGCGGGCCGCGCCCUUCAACAACUGGAUGGAGAGUGCCAUGGAGGACCUGCAGGACAUGUUCAUCGUCCACACCAUCGAGGAGAUUGAGGGCCUGAUCUCGGCCCACGACCAGUUCAAGUCCACCCUGCCCGACGCGGACCGGGAGCGAGAGGCCAUCCUGGCCAUCCACAAAGAGGCUCAGCGGAUUGCUGAGAGCAACCACAUCAAGCUGUCGGGCAGCAACCCCUACACCACCGUCACCCCGCAGAUCAUCAACUCCAAGUGGGAGAAGGUGCAGCAGCUGGUGCCCAAGCGGGACCACGCGCUGCUGGAGGAGCAGAGCAAGCAGCAGUCCAACGAGCACCUCCGCCGCCAGUUCGCCAGUCAAGCCAACCUCGUGGGGCCCUGGAUCCAGACCAAGAUGGAGGAGAUUGGGCGCAUCUCCAUCGAGAUGAACGGGACCCUGGAGGACCAGCUGAGCCACCUGAAGCAGUACGAGCGCAGCAUCGUGGACUACAAACCCAACCUGGACCUGCUGGAGCAGCAGCACCAGCUCAUCCAGGAGGCCCUCAUCUUCGACAACAAGCACACCAACUACACCAUGGAGCACAUCCGCGUGGGCUGGGAGCAGCUGCUCACCACCAUCGCCCGCACCAUCAACGAGGUCGAGAACCAGAUCCUGACGCGCGACGCCAAGGGCAUCAGCCAGGAGCAGAUGCAGGAGUUCCGGGCCUCCUUCAACCACUUUGACAAGGACCACGGUGGGGCGCUGGGGCCCGAGGAGUUCAAGGCCUGCCUUAUCAGCCUGGGCUACGACGUGGAGAAUGAUCGGCAGAAGCAGACAGGCAGCAUGGACGUGGAUGACUUCAGGGCUCUGCUUAUCUCCACAGGAUACAGCCUGGGUGAUGCUGAGUUCAACCGCAUCAUGAGCGUGGUUGACCCCAACCACAGUGGUCUCGUGACCUUCCAAGCCUUUAUCGACUUCAUGUCGCGGGAGACCACGGACACAGAUACAGCCGACCAGGUCAUCGCCUCCUUCAAGGUCCUGGCAGGAGACAAGAACUUCAUCACAGCGGAGGAGCUGCGGCGAGAGCUGCCCCCUGACCAGGCUGAGUACUGCAUCGCCCGCAUGGCACCCUACCAGGGCCCAGACGCGGUGCCUGGCGCCCUGGACUACAAGUCUUUUUCCACAGCCCUGUAUGGCGAGAGCGACCUGUGAGGUCCCCAAGACCCUGAGCACCCCCUCCCCAUGCCUCCCGGAGGGGCUGGGGAGCAGCACCCCUCUUCUGACUCUGUAUCUAUGCAAAGCACUCUGUCAGUCCUUCUGGGGGUGGGCAGGUGGCCAGGGAGGGGCUGGGGCGGGCUCUCUCCUCUCUCUCUGCGGGUUGGCCAGCAGGGCUGCCAUAGCUAUUGGGGUGGGUUGAGGGCUCCUGGAUCUGGGGAGUGUAACUGGUGGGGCAUUGUGCUUUUCUAACCCACAUAAGGACAGCGGAGUUGUCCCCCAACCC